CUAGACAGCAGACUGUGUGUGUGUCUGGCAUUAGCAGCCAGGUAGCUCCCCUGUGGAGGGGAUGAAAGACAAAGUUGGGGCUGGUCUGUCCCACUGACCUGGAGGUAUUUGGAGCAGCGGUGAGAGCAGAAGGGACAAAAUAAAGUUGAGCUCUCGAUUGCUUGAGACAUUCACCAAAAAGGUGUGAAUGCAAAGAUGAUGUCAGCACAGCUCUCUCACCUCUCUUCUCCAGGGAGAAAGCCCUCUCAAGCUGUCUGGGUGCUGCACUCCCAAGCUUACCCAGUGAGAAUCUGGCUAUACUGUGGUGCUACCGUGACAGCCAAAGUGGCUGCUUAAGGCAAUAGAAACAAAGAAAAUACCAGGAGAGACUGCCAACAGAAAGGGGCAAUGAAGAUAGACAAGCGAUCAGAGAAGUGUCUAUCAGAGCUGCGCAGUGCAGCAUGAUGAGCCCUUCUAUAGAAAGUCACAAGCAACAAGGACCACAUGUUCCUUCAAAACCUAUCCCGGACAAGCCGUUGCCUGCCCUCUUGUAACCCGUAUCCGGAGGAGCAACGACUAAGUCAGCUUAGAACCUUCUUUUGUCUUGUUUGUGCCUGUAAUGGACAAGGAACCAGAUACAAUGCACAUGAUACAUCCAAGACCAGCGACAGCCACAAGGCCAGCAUCUGCUCAGAAGGAGUCCAACAUGAAAUGUCCAGACAGCACAGUGUCAGUAGGGCUUCUCUGCAGCUCAGCCCAGACCUGCUUGUGGCCAGAGCUGCCUCAGCACAUGACCAUCCACAGUGUACAAAAUGUGCUACAGCUGCUCAACAUGGACAAUGUGUAUGUUACUUGGAUGCUUUUCGAGGGGACAUAAAAGAUGCAGACCUCGAGGCCAAGAAAGCGUGUGAUUGGCUGCGGGCCGCUGGGUUUCCUCAGUAUGCCCAGCUUUAUGAGGAUUCCCAGUUUCCCGUUGAUAUCUCCUGUGUGAAGAGAGACCACAGCUUCCUAGACGAGGAUUCCCUCAAAUCCCUGUGCAGGCGGCUAAUGACACUUAAUUCAUGUGCUCCUAUGAAGCUGGAAGUUCAUUAUCGAAAGCAAAAUGAAGACUCUGAUGAAGAUGACCAGUGUGCAAUCAGUGACCGCUGGGCCUUCCAGAGGGACCAGGGACGCUGGUCUCGUCUGGACUCCGUUGAACUGCUGUCUCCGACAUAUGCUGGGCCACCAACCAUAAAGAGUACUUCAAGCCGUGACAGUAUCCUGACAGACCUCAGCACUGAACUGGAGGCCACAUCAUUACAGAGUGCAGGUAGCAGCCGGGGUGGCUUGGACAUUGUGGUAACUCCCCCACUGGGUAUGUCAUCAGUGUCCAGCUCUCCUGCUCCCUCCAAACCAUGUAGGAGCCUUAGCGACCAGUCUUUGGCUCCUCAGCGCAGAGGACUUAAGGAGAAAACCAAAAAGAGGAAGACCAGGGGAUUCCUGAAGCGAAUGGAAUCCCUACGCAGAAGAGAAAAAGACAAAGGCAAAAAGGAAGUGCCACCAGAUGGUGCUCUCGACUCUGGAAGGGAAAACCUGAGCUAUGCCAACCACUGUGCAGAUGAUUUCCCGGUAUUUGAGAAGGACUUCCUCCAUCCUGGUUAUAGGACUAAAUGUGCAUCUAGUGGCAGCAUUAGAAAGCCUCACCUAGAUGGCCAGUGCAGGGGGGUUUACUUGGAAGACUUUGAGAUGGUCAGAAAAGAUGGCUUGCAGCAGAGAAACUCUCAAAAGUCUGACCGUCUUGUGUGCAUCCCUACAGACCAUAAGCCUGGAACAUUUCCUAGGUCUUUGUCCAUCGAGAGCCUGUGUCCAGCCAGUCGGGUACCACUGGAGAGCUGGAAAAUGGGCAGUAAAUCGUUGGGACAGUCGGUAUGCAGCAGUAUGGACUCGCAUGGCCUAGAGGGAAGGCCAAGAAGGGGUUCCUGCAGUUCCAUAGGUAGUCGUUCAAGUAUCUAUGACAAUGUGCCUUGCUCGCUCUCUGGUAGUAGGGAUCUCUUAGAGUUGGGAGGAAGCAGUGAUCUCUUUGGCCACUUGGAUGAUGUCCUUAAUCACGUUCGGGGUCUCCAGCGGAUGGUGGAGCUGUGGUCACGAACUGUAUGUCCAGAGCUUGAUGAAGGCACUGACUCUGGGGGUGAACAGGCUGGGCAUCUAGCCUAUGAGGAGAGAUCCAUAUCAGAUGUGGGGACAUCAGCCAGUGACUUUGACAGUACUGGCAACUCUCUUAAUGAGACAGAGGAGACAGAGAUGAGAGAGAGGAGAGACUCUGGAGUCGGAGCAUCAUUAACCAGGCCAUGCAGGAAACUCCGCUGGCAUAGCUUUCAGAACUCACACCGGCCAAGCCUCAGUUCUGCAUCCCUGGAGAUUAACAGGCAGUCGGCGGCACAGCUCAACCUCCUGCAGAAGCUCUCCCUGCUUAGACUCACCGCCAUCAUGGAGAAGCACUCGGUGCCCAGCAAGCAGGGUUGGGCAUGGACAGUGCCCAAAUUCAUGAAGAGAAGCAAAGUUCCUGACUACAGAGGUAGAGCUGUGUUUGGUGUCCCCCCAAUUAUCAAUGUGCAGAGGACAGGACAGCCGCUACCACAGAGCAUCCAGCAGGCAAUGCGCUAUAUUCGCAGCCAGUGCCUUGACCAGGUGGGAAUCUUCAGGAAAUCCGGGGUGAAAUCUCGCAUCCAGGUCCUGCGGCAGAUGAACGAGUCCUCUCCGGACCAUGUCAGUUAUGUGGGACAAUCUGCCUAUGAUGUGGCUGACCUGCUGAAGCAGUACUUCAGAGAUCUGCCCGAGCCCAUCUUCACUAGCAAACUGACCGACACAUUCCUGCAAAUCUAUCAGUAUGUACCCAAGGAGCAGAGGCUGCGGGCAGUCCAAGCUGCUAUCCUGCUCAUGCCAGAUGAAAACCGAGAAGUUCUGCAGACGCUACUGUAUUUCCUAAGUGAUAUCUCCUCUGCUCAGGUCAACCAGAUGACACCUGGGAACCUGGCUGUUUGCUUGGCACCGUCUCUUUUCCAUCUCAAUAUCUCCAAGAAAGAGAGCUCUUCCCCCAGGGUCAUGCAGAGGAGAGGAACAUCUGGAAAACCUGGCCAUAAGGACCUUAGUGAGAACCUGGCUGCCACUCAAGGGUUGUUGCAUAUGAUAACUGAAUGCAAGAAACUUUUCCAGAUCCCUCACGACAUGAUGCUUCAGUCACGCAAUUCGUAUGUAGCUGCAGAUGCUCAUCCUUUGUCCCUGGAUGAACUUGCUGGUGUCCCCGAGGGAGAACCCCAAGAGCUGUCAUCUGUCCUGGAUAACUGUAUUCAAAGUCUCCUUCAGGAGUCUGCAGAGCGCUUCAAAGGGUGGGUGACCAUGUCCAGCCCAGAGAACACAGAAUUGUCUUGUAAAAAGCUUGGGGACGGAAGUCCUUUGCGCUUGUGGAAAGUGUCAACUGAAGUUGAAGCUCCUCCCAGUUCUCUGCUACACCGGGUGCUAAGAGAGAGACACCUUUGGGAUGAUGAUCUCCUGCAGGGGAAAGUAGUGGAGACCCUGGGGCAAAACACUGAGAUAUUUCAUUAUGUGACUGACAGCAUGGCCCCUCUUCCACGGAGGCAGUUCCUCGUACUCAGGAAGUGGCGCACUGACCUACCCAGAGGAGGCUGCCUUCUUGUUUCCACAUCUAUUGACCACACUACCAGGCAGCUGGACGAAGGAGUACAAGCUGUCAUUUUGAGCUCCCAGUAUCUUAUGGAACCAUGCGGAAUGGGGCGAUCUAAGCUAACAUACAUCUGCAGGACUGACCUACGGGGCCGAUCCCCCGACUGGUACAACAAAGUCUUUGGACACUUGUGUGCCAUGGAAAUUGCACGUAUUCGGAACUCUUUCCCUCCGCUAAAUCCAUGUGGGCCGGAGACAAAAUUGUGAGAGGAAGUAUUCCAAAGGGUAGGCUCUACACCCAGUGUCGGACACUAGUAAACUUAUCUGUUUGCCAGAAUGGAGCCAUCAUUGGAGUGUCAUAACCAGAGUGCACAGCACAGUUGUACAGAUGUUUUAUGAGCUAACUUUACAUGGAACGUCUGCCCGAGGAGAACAUGGUCAACAUGAAAAUAACAGAUUAUAUGCAAUGGAGGAGAACAUUGUCUGGUCAAGUAAUAGAUGGUAAUUCAUAGAAAGUGUAUGGUCUAUACAGACCCGACAAACUCACAGCAUUUCAUAAAACAUCCAGCAGAGGAAACCUGGUGAAUUUGCAGUGAACCCAACUGCCCGUUAUCCUGUUGAGCAGCAGGGCAGUACCAUGUAUCAUGUACACGAGAAAGAGGAGAUGUUUCAAGCUGCCAUGUCCAUGAACAGAAUCCUAAUAAUAAUGGAAUAUACAGACAAAGAGAAUUUUUAUCUGAAAGCGCCUUGUGGACUCCAUAUUGUUCUGCUGGCAGCUUUUAUCUACGAUGACCGCAGUCGCACAUACCAAGAACACUUUGCACUGCUCUUCAGGAAGGCAUUAACUAGGAUCAGUAUUAUUAUGAAAUAAGUGAUUAUAUUUUUAUCUGUGUCUUUAUAUGUGUUUUUACCUGUAAGCAGGCUUUCUAUGUCUGUCCCGUCAGUGUUCAUGUGAGGUGGGUGAGGGGCUUCCUGUGUAACAGGCAGUUGAAUAUUAAGGGUGCAGAGCAUUAGUCUGUGUGUGUGCGUCUGUGCUUUAAACAUGUAGAAAUAUUUAUGGUACCUGCUUAAAAGUAGAACGCAACUAAUUCUAGCAUAGAUCAUGACUGUCUGGAUUUCCGCAGACGUCGUUUAGAGAGAGUUGCACGCUAAGGUUUAGACAAUGACCCUGACUGUCUUUCCCUUGCACGCAGUUACACGCUGGGUUUGCAGGAGAGAAAUCCAUUGUACAAGAACGGGUUGCCACAUUGGCACUACAUAAUACAUAAUAGGUGGAAAUGCUAGUGAAAUGACAGUUAGAAUUGUAUAAUACCCCAUGAGGAAUUGAGUUUGGCACAACUGACUUUCAUUAGAAUAAAUCCCCGUGCACAAGAGACACUGCCACAAUGUGGCUACGCACGGUUUUAGUACAAUGACCAAAUCAUGACAGGGUGGUAUUGCCACUGCAGACUAUUCCAUUGACAGCACCCCCCCCCCCCCUUAAUUCCACAAAAGCUAGGAUAGAGCUUUAAGGGGCCAUUGUCCUUUCUGAGUAGUCGUCUCUUGCCGGGAGGGGGUGAGCAGUUUCCCCCUUACAGAAAUGUUACUUUCCCUUAGCACAGAUUCUGUUGCAUGAGCUGUCAGGGCUGUAUAGCUAUGCAAUGGCCAAACUCUGCCAGUAGGAUAUUGCUUAGUACGUGUGUGUGAGAAUAUUGCAUGUGUUAGAUGCUUCCGUGGUGAUGGGGACCAUAAUUCUCCUGUACUGUCAACCAUACUGCUUUUUUAAUUGCCCGCUUUAAAGGGUCAGUAACACCUGUGUUAGCGCUCAGUGCUGCUGCGAAGCUGUUCUGAUUUCUUGCACCCCAUUAAAAGGACAGGAGGGAAAGUUCUUCAGUGGAAGGAUACACGUGUUGACAGUAUCUUUUCAAAAUGUCUUUACUUUUCAUUUAAUAGGGAUUUCUGGUUACCAUUGAAAACAUUAGGCCUUGAGAGUGAGUGGGUUGGAAGGGUGAUUCAAAUUGGAAGGGAAACAAAUAAGGAAAUACAGGGCAGUAAAUGAAGUGUAACUAUGGGGAGCUGACCUUGUGACUGAGGGGGGACCCCAAUAGGGCCGGUGGGAUGGUGUUUUGCAGGUUGAGCUUGCACAGGAGUGUGGGGAUGGUGCAGCAAAGGGACUUUGUGUGUGUUUUUGUUUAUUUGGCUGUGGGGCCUAAGAUUUCGACGACAAAGGUUUAUCCAUAUAAAGAUAAUCUCAAAAGAAGAACAGUGCUCUGUGUGCGGGUGUUACUGGCCCAUUCAUGCAGUCCAGAAGCAAUAAUAGAAAUCCGUUUCCCUCGCUUUUAGUCCCUGAUUUCAGGAUAAAUCUGCCUUUCUCAUAAACCAAAUGUCUAAAGGUGAUUUUGUUCUAUAAAUAAUGUACAGUUAAAUGAUAAUAUAUUGUUUUUAUACUGUCCUGCCACCAGAUGACUGUGCCGGCUACAGCGGCGCAGAUUCUCAUCAAUGUUUUUAUUUAAGGGAAGUUUUGUAAUAUAAUCUGCUUUUAUUGACAGGAGAUAUAAUAUAAUCCCCCAAAAUAUCAUA